AGAUUCCAUGCUCAGCAUGGAGUCUGACCUGGGGCUUGAUCUCACCAUCCUGGGAUCAUGACCUGAGCUGAAAUCAAGAGUCAGCUGCUGAACUGACUGAGCCACACAGACAUCCCUGGACUGAGUUAUUUUUGAGAAUUACCAUGUGUAUUCUGAGUCAUGGCACAUCUGACUUUUAACCCCUGAUGGGUCAUGAAUCUCAGCUUGGACUUUCAUGAAAGACAGUGUACUUUAACAGAAAAGCAGGAUCCCAGAUAUUUCCUAGAGUUUGUCUAUGUAGCCAGACAUUUACAUUUCCAGACAGUGCUGUCUAUAAUUCAUCUUCUUAUUUGGGCAGUUCUGGGAUAUCUAUAUUUCCUUAGGUAGUAGAAUUUAUUUUCGGCGCAAUCCUUUCCUUUUAAAAUGGAGCCACAUUGAUUGAUUGAUGGAUUGAUGGUUGAUAACUCAGAUACGUCUUGAGUGUUGUACUUAGAUGUAGAAACAUAAAUGAUUCAUAGUCAUCAGCCUCUGUAUAUCUCUGACAUUAUUUCCACCACAUAGUUCCUCAGUUCCUCAAAAAUCUGUGAUUAUAGAGAGUGCAGUACAGUUUAGUAGUGAUAGAUUAAAACAUUCUCUAGUUUUCAUCUGCUAAAUCUGUAUCUGGGUUUAUAUUUCCUUGAACAAAUCAGUGAUGUUCCUGUUCCCCACCCUCCACCCUCACCCUUGUAGUUUCAAGUACAGUAUUCAGAUGUCACAUCAGAAGGAAGAUACAAAUUUGUGAAUCUCUCUUUGGGUGGGGUGGGAGUUACUUAAGAUUUGGCCUCUUAGGUUCUUCAAUUUCAAAAUCUUGAUCUGAGGAGGUUGCUCAAUAAACUUUUAAAAGAAACUUCUAUAACCUGACUUGAUUGCAUUAAAAUAGAAUGGAGCUCCAUAUUCCAUGUCAGAUCAUUGCUAAUAUCCAACACAACACUCAAUUUGAAGAAAUUCACUGCCUUUAUCAUUUUCUCCAUCACAGCAUGGAAUCUUUCAUAGUUCCUAGAACAAACUCUCCUGACCAGUAGUGCAAUAAAAACUCGAACAGUAGUCUUCUCUUUUGACUUGAAUACAUUGCUUUUUCCCUUUUCUUUAUUACAAGUGCCCCAUCUCUGGCAAAUGCAGUAUUUCCAUGUUAAGACCUUUUCUACUUGGCAAGUGGUUAGGUCUCACUAAUUCAUGCAUGAAAGCACUGGGUGAUUUUAUGUAUCUAUGUGUUUUUUUAAAAAAGUGCUGAAAAAUGUAUGGUGGGCUACAACUAGUUCAGUUGUUUCUCUUUAUAGGUGACAUGUCAGAAAGUGGCUCUAUCAUUUACUUCCUAUGUGACCUUUGGCAAGUUAACCUCCAGAGCUUUGGUUUUUCUCAUUGGUAAUAUGGGAAUAAUAAUAGUAAUACUAUUGUUUUUGUGUUUAUGACACAAAGUAAAUACUCAGAAUUUAGAAUUAUUAUUGGGAUUAUUGUGACCCAUAAGACGAUGAUUAUGUCUUUCUUAUUGUUGAUUUAUUCACAGUUCAAAGUUCCUCGCACAUAGUGAGUGUUCAAUCAAUAUCUAAUGAAUAAGAAUAUUGAUAUUUUUUCCUUUCCCUUUGUUGCCUAACUUUUACUUGAUAUCUAAAAUUCCCUUCAACUCCUGACUUACAGUGUUUCUUAAAAGUUAACUGCACAGAAAUGUAACUGAAUAAUGUAUGUGGAAGUGCUUUAAACAAUGUAAAUGGCUAUACAAAUGUAAUUGAUGAUGAGAAUGUAAUGAUACACAAUGUAAUGAUGUUGAUGGUAUUGGCCUCACUUGCCAAAGAACAGAAGUGUUCUUUGCUGAUCUACCCUGUCUGCUGAAAGUUCCAGGUAAUGUUUGCCACCUGGAACUAAAACCCACUGAGGAACAUAUAUGUAAGUACAUGAAUAUUUGGAUGAAUUAACAAUGAAAUUUGUGACAUUUGAAUUUUUUUGCUUUUGAAGGGAGAUUUGACUCUUUUAGCUCUCUAAAUAGGUGUAUCCUUUUCCAUCACUCUUCAUUUGUAUUUUUUAUGAGGUUUUGCUUUCAUUUGAAGAGGAUGACCUUCCUCAAAGAAGGAUCAUCCUUUGAUCAAGGAUUUGCAAAGAGCUUUGGUUUCUUGCUAGACCUCCCAAACAAUUGUUCUCCUCACAUCUCCACUUUGGAAUGUCUUUAUUAUUAGCUAUAUUUGUUUUUUAUUCUUUAAAAAUGAUAGGUCUCUGAAUAUAAAACUAGAUUUUAGUACCAAAUGCAGUAGUAGAUUGUGUGUGUGUGUGUGUGUGUGUGUGUGUGUGUGUGUGUGUGUGUGUAGGAGGUUAUGCUUAAUUUUGUUGAUGAAAUAUCACUGCUGUGUUUUCUUUACUCCACAGAUUAUUCCUUUUUAAGGUUCAGAGUUUUGGACUGGGAAAGGGAAAGGAGAAAGAUCCCACGUGUGGCUGCUAAUUAUAGUUGCAAUUUAUUGUCUGCUAUGUGCCAGUAAUUGUGCUAAGUAGUUUAUUAAUGUAAUAUUUAAAAACCCUUGUGGCAACCUUGUGAGACAGAUAUCAUUAUCCCCAUUUUAUAGGUGAGGAAAUUGAGGCUCAUAGAAGUUCAUUACUUUACCCAAGUUCUCAUAGUCAGUAAGUAGAAGAGCCUGAAUUCAACUGAGCUAGGUUUCAGUUUAGCUGACCCCAGUCUUUCUGCUUUUAACUCUUGGUUCCUCCAUCUUUCUGUCUAUAAAAUGGAACUUUUUAUGUGUGAAAAGCUCCAGUUGUUGGAGGUGAUGUAAGGAACAGGGUUGAGAUGUGGCUUGUAGCUGCAGACAAUUACAGGUAUAUAAUGAAAUAAAUACUGAGAGGCUUGGAGGAGCUGGUAUGUGGGGCAGAGAUGCAGAUGAGACCACAGGCCCAAACUCUCUGUGUUCUAGAGCCUCCUUAGGAGCCUGGUGAGUGCAUAAUGAAGUUGUGAUACCAGAAGGGAAUGAUGAAGGGAUGCAGAUGCAAUUCGUGAAAUGCCCCUUGCAAAUCUUGUUUGACCCCUGAUAUUAAGAGAUUUAUUUGUGAAUUUUAUUGGGUGUGGUAGUAGUAUUCAAUUAUAUGUGUCUUUAUUAGUUGGAGAUUAUAUUAAAGUAUUUAUAAGUGGCAUAGUCUGAUGAAAAAACAAAUGUGAUAGUGUAGUGUUGGGUACAAGGCUUUGUUUUACUUUUCUUUCUACUAUUACGUAUUUACAGUUUCCAUAGUAAAAAGUAAACAAAUAAAAAGACCAAAACCUAACUCCAUCACCCCAAACUCCACAUGAAAAUAAAGGAUAGACAGACAUUAAAUACAAGGAGGACUUUCAAGUGCAACGAGCUGAAUUUAGGCUCAGUGGGCAGUAGACAAGACUCUAAAUUCUGGUCUGUUGGUAGAGCCUUAUUCCCAACCAAAGUUCCCUCAGCUUGACUUCUUUACCAAUAUCAGAGCUUCAAGUUGUGCCUUCAAAUGGGGUAGUCUGGCACCUCUGCCCUCGGAAGUUCUCUAUGGUCCUUAUGUAGUGGAGGAAGUGACUCUAAUUUAUUCUGAAUAGAUUAGGACCAAUUUUAGCUGUGCCAAGCCCUGUAUAUUUUCUACUUCUCCUGAAAUUAUUUUUGCCAAUUAUCCUUCCUAAGGGUAUGCUUCAAUGGAGGGUAUCUCACUUUCCUGAACCUGGGGGUACAUAGCUCUAGUCUUCAGUUGAGACUGACUCAGAGGAUAAGGACUAUUUAUAUUCCUCUGCCCUGAUUCUGUUCCUUGAGCUGGUCAGGUGAGAAUGGGGCACAUAUUGUCCUAUGAUUAUAAGGUCAUGCCUGGUUUCUCACACAGUUAAAUUUUUAGAGCGGGGCUUUCUGUCUGUUCCUCUUGACUCUUGGAGUAGGUAAUUUUUUGCUCUCUCUCUCCAUCUGUGUAGACACAAGUCCAUCCUCAGCCCUUUAGUCAACUUUCAACCAGAUCCCCAAGAUGGCUAGUGGUGGAACUGGGGACUGUGGAAGAAGGUGAUACAGUAGUUCUUGUGAUAUAAAUUGUCCUUCCUACAAGAAAUAGGAAAAAGAGGUAGAGAGAAUUAGUGUCAUAUCCAAGAUCCAAAACCAGCCCAUGAAAGGCAUAUAAACUUGAAACAGCUUUGCUACCAAGAAUCAUGUGAUAUAUGAAUUCAUUCAUUCAUUCUUGUUCAUCAGACGUUUAUUUAGAACCAGAUACUUACUAAAUUCUGGGAAUGCAAAAAUGAAAGAGACAGUUUCUGAUCUCAAGGACCUGAUAGCCUAGUGAGGAGACAGUGAAUGAGUUAAUGAUUAUAGAAUAUAGUGGUAAGUGCUGUGAUAGAGGGAAGCCUUGUGUGCUAUGAAAGCACCAAAGAGAUGUAUCUUGUGGUAGGGUGGGUUAGUUAUCUAUAGUGGAAGUGGUUACAACUGAGCUUUGAAGAAUUAUUAGGAGUUGGCCAGGCAGACAAGUAUGGAUUGCAUUCCUGCAGAGACAAUAGUGUACAAAACUAUGGAAGGGUAAAAGCAAUAUGAAUUGGGAUUUUUGCAAGUCAUUAUGGCUACACUGUGAUACAUAUGGAAGAGACAGUUGAAGCUUGACAGAUGAACAGGGAUCUGUUCAUGUUGGACUCUUCUAGCUAAUUGCUUGGAUUUCAACCAGCAGGAAAUGAGGAAUAUUUGCAUUUUAGAACCAUCACUCUGGAAGAUCUUGUGAAAAAGGGAUCUUAAGGGUUUCCGUCUGGAUAUCACAGCAAUAAUCUCGGAAAGAGCUUUUGCAGGCUUAAAUUAAGGUGAUGUCAGUGCAGUUAGAGAAGAGAGUAGAUUUUAGAGCUGAUUUCUAGAUAGAACCAAUUGGACCAACAAGUAGAAUCUUAAUGGGGCGCCUGGGUGGCUCUGUUGGUUAAGUGUCUGACUUCAGCUCAGGUCAUGAUCUCACGGUUGUGGGUUCGAGCCCUGCGUUGGGCUCUGUGCUGACAGCUCAGAGCCUGGAGCCUGCUUUGGAUUCUGUGUCUCCUUCUCUCUCUGCCCCUACCCCGCUUGUGCUGUGUCUCACUCUGUCUCUCAAAAAUAAAUAAAUGUAAUUAAAAAAUUAAACAAAAAAGUAGAAUCUUAAGGACGUGGGAGACAAAAAAGUCAUCUCUUAAGAUAUGCAAGGUGAUUAAGAAGGAUGUCUGAUUCUUUACUGAUCCUCUAAUUAUGAGAAGAAAUGAAAAAGGUAUGAGGCAUACUUUUUUACUUCAACCAUUGUGGUAAAUAUUUAUAGUACUCCAAAUUUGUAAAGUAUGUCCAGGCCUCUUUAUUUAUGUCUAUCAUUUCUCAGUGAAAGCUUAGCUGAAAAGAAGAUGAAUAGUUUAAAAGGGAACAAUGACAGCAAAUCCAUAAAGUCUUGGACUUUACGUAGCAGCAGAAGAAACCAAUAAAAAUUAAGAUGGAAUUAGGGUAUAUGCUUUCAAGUCUAUAACAUUAAUAACCAGCUUAUAAAGAAUAUGGGGGAAAUACUAUUUUAAUUUCUCAUUUGGCAAAACCAGAACAGAACAAAUCAAAACAGACAAGCAAGAACCCCUGAGGCUCAGAGAUAUUAAGUGACUUGCUUGAGGUCACACGUUGGUGUAGGUGGGAACUCACACUGCAUCUCAGAGCUGUCUGCAGGACAUUGUGACAACUCCAAGACAGUUACCCAGAAUGUUUAGGGUUCAAGUCAUGAGAAGGAAAAUGAGUGGUUCACUUGAAGAAAAAAUGAGUAAAUUUUGCAAAUGAUAAUGAAGAACCUAUAAAUAUUUUGGAAUAUAUCAAGGGAAAUGAUUAUUUGGAGUUGGGAGGAAAAUAUGAGAGAUGGGAGGAAAAUAAAUUAUGAAAAAAUUUCUGCACUAUUUACAUUUUUUAAGCCUUUGUUAUUUUUUAAAAUUUAAAUCCAAGUUAGUUAACAUAUAGUAUAAUAAUAAUUUCAGGAAUAGAAUUUAGUGAUUCAUCACUUACAAGUAACACCCAGUGCUCAUCCCAACAAGUGUCUUCCUUAUUAUUAGCUGUGGGUCUUUCAGAUAUGGCCUUUAUGAUCUUGAGGUUUGAUCCUUCUAUCCCGACUUUCCGGAGGGUUUUUAUUGAGAAAGGAUGCUGUAUUUUGUCAAAUGCCUUUUUCUGCAUCUAUUGAGAGGAUCAUGUGGCCCUUAUCCUUUCUUUUAUUAAUGUAAUGUAUCACACUGAUUGAUUUUCAUAUAUCAAACUAGCCCUGAAGCCCAGGAAUGAAUCCCACUUGUUUGUGGUGAACGUAUUUAGUGUAUUGUUGGAUCCAGUUUGCUAGUAUCUUGUUGAGAAUUUUUGCAUCCAUGUUCAUCAGGGAAAUUAGUCUGUAGUUCUCCUUUUUAGUGAGGUCUUUGUCUGGUUUUGGAAUCAAGGUAAUGCUAGCCUUGUAGAAUAACUUUGGAAGUUUUCCUUCCAUUUCUAUUUUUGGAACAGCUUCAAAAGAAUAGGUGUUAACUCUUCUUCAAAUGUUUGGUAGAAUUCCCCUGGAAGCCAUCCAGCCCUGAAUUCUUGUUUGUUGGGACAAUUUUGAUUAGUGAUUCAAUUCUUUACUGGUUAUGGGUCUGUUCAAAUUUUCUAUUUCUUCCUGUUUCAGUUUUGGUAGUUUAUAUGUUUCUAGGAAUUUGUCCAUUUCCUCCAGAUUGCCCAAUUUGUUGGCAUAUAAUGGCUCAUAAUAUUCCUUUAUUAUUGUUUGUAUUUCUGUAGUGUUGGUUGUAAUCUCUCCUCUUUCAUUCUUGAUUUUUUUUAUUUGGGUCCUUUUUCUUUUUGAUCGAUCUGGCUAGAGUUUACCAAUUUUGUUAAUUCUUUUAAAGAAGCAGCUCCUGGUUUCAUUGAUAUUUUUCUUUUAUUUCGAUAUCAUUGAUUUCUUCUCUAAUCUUUAUUAUUUCCCUUCUUCUGCUGGUUUUGGGCUUUAUUUGCUGUCCUUUCCCCAGCUCUUUUAGGUACAGCGUUAGGUUGUGUAUUUGAGACAUUUAUUCCUUCUUUAGUAAGGCCUGGAUUGCUAUAUACUUCCCUCUUAUGACUGCCUUUGCUGUGUGUCCCAGAGGUUUUGUGCUGUGGUGUUAUCAUUUUCAUUGGCUUCCAUGUACUUUUAGAUUUCCUUUUUAAUUUCUUGGUUAACCCAUUCAUUCUUUAGUAGGAUGUUCUUUAAUCUCCAAGUAUUCAUGAUCUUUCCAAAUUCUUUCAUGUGGUUGAUUUUGAGUUUCAAAGUGUUGUGGUCUGAAAAUAUGCAAGGUAUGACCUCAAUCUUUUUGUACUUGUUGAGGGCUGGUUUGUGACCCAGCCUGUGAUGUAUUCUGGAGAAUGUUCUAUGUGCACUCGAGAAGAAUGUGUAUUCUGCUGUUUUAGGAUGAAAUGUUCUGAAUAUAUCUGUUAAGUCCACCCAGUCCAAUGUGUCAUUCAAAGCCAUUGUUUCCUUGUUGAUUUUCUGUUUACAUGAUCUGUCCAUUGUUGUAAGUGGGGUGUUGAAGUCCCCUAUUAUUAUGGUAGUAUUAUCAAUGAGUUUCUUUAUGUUUGUAAUUAUUUUAUUUAUAUAUUUGUGCGUCCAUGUUGGGGGCAUAAAUAUUUACAGUUGUUAGAUCUUCUUGAUGGAUAGACCCCUUAAUUAUGAUAUAAUGCCCUUAUUCAUCUCUUGUUACAGUCUUUAUUCUAAAAUCUAGUUGGUCUGAUAUAAAUAUGGCUACUCUAGCUUUCUUUUGACAGCCAUUAGCAUGAUAAAUGGUUCUCCAUCCCCUUUCAAUCUGCAGGUGUCUUUAGGUCUAAAAUGAGUCUCUUGUAAGGAGCAUGCAGAUGGGUCUUACUUUGUUAUCCAUUCUGAUACCCUAUGUCUUUUGAUUGGAGCAUUUAGUCCAUUGACAUUUAGAGUGAAUUCUGAAAGAUAUGAAUUUAGUGCCAUUGCGUUGCCUGUAGAGUUGGUGUUUCUGGUCAUGUUUUCCAGUCCUUCCUAGUCUUUGUUGCUUUUGGUCUUUUUUGUUUUCUUUUGUCUUUUCUCCACUCAAAGAGUCCCCCUGAAGAUUUCUUCAGGACUGGUGUAGUGCUCAUGAACUCCUUUAGUUUUUGUUUAUCUGGGAAAUUCUUUAUCUUUCCUUCUAUUUUGAAUGACAGCCUUGCUGGAUAAAGAAUUCUUGGCUGCAUGUUUUUCUGAUUCAGCACAUUGAAUAUAUCCAGCCACUCCUUUGGGCCUGCCAAGUUUCUGUGGAUAGGUCUGCUGCGAACCUGAUAUGUUGUCCUUAUAGGUUAAGGACUUUUUUUCCUUGCUGCUUUCCUAAUUCUUUCCUUUCCUGUCUGUGUGUUUUGUGAAUUUGACUAUGAUAUGCCUUGUUGAUGGUUGGUUUUUGUUCAGUCUAAUGGGAGUUCUCUGUGCCUCUUGGAUUUUGAUGUCUGUGUCCUCCCCCAGAUUGGCAGUUUUCUGUUAUAAUUUGCUCACAUAAACCUUCUGUUCCAUUUCCUCUCUUCAUCUUUUGGGCCUCCUACGAUUUGGAUGUUAUUCCUUUUUAAUAGUCAUGAGUUCUCCAAGUCUUGUGUCAUGUUCUUUUGCCUUUGUUUCCCUCUUUUUUUUGCUUAAUUAUUCUCCAUAAUUUUAUAUUCUAUAUCGCUGAUUCGCUGCUCUGCUUUGUCCAUCCUUGCCAUCACGACAUCCAUUCGAGAUUGCUUCUUGGUUAUAGCAUUUUUAAUUUCGUCCUGACCAGAUUUUAUUUCUUUUACCUCCACAGAAAGGGAUUCUAUGCUUUUUUCAACCCUAGCUAGUAUUCUUAUUAUCGUGGUUCUAAAUUCUAGUUCAGACAUCUUGCUUAUAUCUGUGUUGAUUAAGCCCUGUCUGUCAUUUCUUCCUGUUCUUUAUUUUGGGGUGAAUUCCUUCAUUUUGUCAUAUUGGAGGAAGAAAAAAAUGAAUAAAAUAAAACAAUAAGAAUUAGAAAUUAAAAACAAAACAAAAAAGUAAACGAAGCUAGAUCCUAGGUACAUUUUGGUUUGCUUGUUGAAGGAAGCUCACAGUUUGAGUUUUUAAGGAGUCUUCAUGUGGUGAAGCUAUGUUCUCUGCUUCAGUCUCACCAGCUACAAUCAAGAUAUCAGCUGGGCUGCAUUCUUAUGUUCUGUGUUCACACAAGAGACACAGGAAAACUGAGUAAACCUCCACUAUUUACAUUUUCUACUAACACAUUUUUAUCUAGAAAUUAUUUAUUUGCAUAAAUGUCAUUAGCAUUUUAAAGAAUUUAUUUAGAGAGUAUUAAUAGGAUAUAACAAAGGUGACAUUUAAACUUUAAUUCAUUUUAACCGCUGUGUUAAACAUCACAUCACAUUUUAAAGAUGAAAUGUGUUAAACAUUUUAACCAUCUCUUAUGUACCUAGCAUUGUGACAAAUUCUAAGGGAAUUACAAAUGGUAUAUAAGACAGUUAUAUCCUCAAAGGUAUUAAGGUAUUGUUAGGGUUACUAUAUUUGCAAACAUGAAACUAAUUUAGAACCAUCUGGACCAGUUUAUUAUCAGUGAUAAAUUUAUAUAAUGAAGUGACAAAAUUUUUGAGGCAGAUAAUGAGUGCUCUGAGCAGUCAGGCAGAAAAGGGAGAUGGUGAUAAUGUCUAGAGUCAACCAGAAUGUCUAGAGUCAACCAGUCAUGAAUGGUGUGACUCUUAAGAUGGGCCUUAAAGGAUUAACAGGAUUUGAUUUUUCAAGAAGAAAAUUGUGGUACCAAUGAAGUAAACAAGUAUCAGUUUGUGUUUUCUAAAAACAAAAGUAAAACUCAUUUAGUUUUAAUAUUUCAUCUGCUCACUGCAGUGUUCCUCAAUGAAAUACUGGAAACAACACAAUCCUCAAAUAGUGAAAUAGGGGAAAUAUCAAUAUUUCCUUCCAUAUCAUGAAAUUAAAUAUUAUUAAGCUCGUAAGAAUAAUUAAAGAACAGUGUGGCCUGAAGGAGAAGUCUGGCUUCUAGCCAGGAAACUAUCUGCCACUUACUAGUUUUGUGUUUUGGGUGAGUCAGUUAUGCUUGAGCUUUGGUUUAUUCAAUGUUUAUUUAUUUUUAAGAGAGAGAGAGAGAGCAUGAGCAGGGGAGGGGCAGACAGACAGGGAGACAGAGAAUCUGAAGCAGUCUCUACACUGUCAGUGCAGAGCCUGACCUGGGGCUCAAACUCACAAAGUGUGAGAUCAUGACCUUAGCCAAAAUCAAGAAUUGGAUGCCUAACUGACUGAGGCAUCCAAGCACCCUGGUUUAGUCAACAUUAAAUGGAAAUGAUAAUAAUCCCUCCAUAAUAUUAUUGUGAAGAUUAAAAAAUAAUGUGUAUGGAGCACCUGAUAAAUAGUGGACAUUCAAUAAACAUUGUUCAUUAUUAUUCAUAUGUGCAUGACUGGUAUAUAAAGAGAAAUAGUCCUUCUGAAGGAAGAUGUCUUAAUUCCUAUGAAAAGCUUUAAAAUGAGUAUUUCUUGUCUGAGUCAGCAAUUCUGUGACUAAAAAUGUAUUCUAAGGAGAUAGCUGAAGAUGUGUGCACAUGUUUGAAAGGAUAUUCUUUGCAGCAUUGAAUAGAAUAAUGAAAAAUAACCCCAAAUCUCACAGAUAGAUGAUCGGUGACAUAAAUUACAAUUUACUUACAUAAAUAAAAUGUACUUACAUUAAAGUGAUGAUGUAGGAAUGUAUUUCUGAUAUAGAAAGUGAGGAAAACAGAUUCUAAAGCUACAGAAUACUCCCAAUUUUAUAAAUUGAGUUUAUGCAAAGAAAAUUUCCUGGAAGGAUAAUACACCAGAAUGUUAAGUAUAGUUAUCUCUGAAUAGGGCGCCUUUAGUUAAUUUUUAUUUCUUCAUUGAACUUAAUAUGAAUUUUUUACUUUUAUGGUAAUAAGCAUAGAUUGAUACAAAUUUAAAAAUAAGAAUGGGUUGUUAUUAAAAAUACUUAGUGACAUAGGAAAAUACUUAAGAUUUAAAGAAAAAAUGAUUUAAAACUUAUGUACUAUAUGAUCUUAAUUUUGUUGAAGUAUUUGUAUAUGCCUAAAAUGAAUGCCUGAAUUUUGUCCUUGUGGAUGUUUCUCUCCACAUGUAGCAAAGCUUCUAGCAAAUGGUGGGGCUAGGAGCAGAGCAGAGAUUAGACUUGCAUACACCUGGAUAAAAUUCAUCACUUUCUCAGAUUCCUUUCUGUGUUUUCUUUAUUUUUAUCACAGCUUUAACAGUUGGCUUUCUUGGCUAUUUUCAUAAAGAAAUAGAGUUUAACCACUGGGAAAACCCACUGUCCCUCUCCCUCCCUUCUUUCCUUUCACCUUUUCUGGGACCCAGCAAAUUCAGCAUUCCUUGGGCACUCAGGGAUAUAUAAUGGAGAACAAAAGACCUAGUUUUUGGAGCCUAUUGUCCACUUGGAAGAGACAAUAAAAAAAUCACCAAAAUAUGUGUUAAAAAUUGUGUUGACUAUGGGGAAAAAAAAGCAUAGGGUAUGAUGACAGAGCAAAAUGAAGGUGGAGGAAAGGGAAUCAGUUUAGACAGGGAAGUCAGAGAAGACCUCCAUUAGGAAGUUAUAUUUUAAGUCAGCCUUGAAGUAGAAGUAGUAGUUAGCCAGACAAACAUGGAGAGAAAAGCAUUGUAGGAAGAGGGACAAGUACAUAUAAAGGUUUUUAGGCAAAAAGUAGCUUUGCCAUUUCAAAAAACUGGAGCAAGAGCCAGUAUGUCUGACUGUUAAGGUAUGAUGCAAAGUUGGAAGGUAGGCAGGGACCUGGUAUAAUAUGUUAAGGAUUUUAGAUUUUGUUCUGAGGGCAAUGGGAAGCCACUGAAGGAUUUGCAUGAAAUAGUUUAUAUUUUAUUUAUUUAUUUAUUUAUUUAUUUAUUUAUUUAUUUAUUUAUUUAUUUAAAGUUUAUUUAUGUUGAGAGAGAAAGAGUGUGUGUGUGUGUGUGUGUGUGUGUACAUACACGUGAGUGCAUGGGGGUGGGGCAGAGAGAAUCCCAAGCAGGCUCUGCACUGUCAGCACAGAGCCUGAUGAAGGGCUCAAACUUACAAACUGCGAGAUCAUGACCUGAGCUGAAGUGUUUGAGCUGAAAUCAAGAGUCAGAUGCUUAGCUGACUGAGCCACCCAGGUGCCCCUGAGACAGUUUAUAUUUUAGAAAAAUCUCUUUGACUGCUCUGAGGAGAAAGAGCUGGAGAGAGGCAAGAGAGAACCAGGAAGAUGAAUAAGGGGCUUUCACAAUUGAUGGGGAGGUGAUGGUGCCCAGUAACGAUCAUGAAGAUAAAGAACAGAAGACAGAUUGGAGGUAUAUUUUGGAGGUAUAUUAUCCAUUGACAGGAUUUAGUGACAGGUUGGAUUAAGGGUGUGAGAGAGAGGGAAAAGGAGCUGUCAGGAUGAUUCUCAGAAUACUUUGUUGGAGUGACUUAGUAGAUUGUAUAGAUGGUGGAAUAGGUUUUUUGGGGGGGGGGGUAAAGGGUGAGAUAAGUGUUCAGUGUGGAACAUGUUUGCCUUUGUGAUAUCUGUAAGAUUCCUAAGUAGAGAAAUUGAAUUGAUGAGGUAUGUUACUCAGAAGAGCUACCCAUCUGGGAUGGAGAUACAAAUUUAAGAGUAGUUGGCAUAGAUCGUGCUGCAGGCUCUAUGGAUGGGUGGGGUUGCCUGUGGAUAGAAUAUGGAGACAGAGGAACAGAGAAUCUAGGCCUGAGCCCUGGGGAAUUCUCACAUUAAACAUCAAGUAAUGGAGGAAGUAGUGGAGCUCAGUGAGGGGCUGCACUGGAGCAGUAAGGGGGAAGACUAGAAUGUGGGGUUGCUGGGAAGCCCAUGGGGGUGUAUCAAGGAGGAAGGGAUUGGCUGUAUGGAAUGGGCUAAAACAUCCAGGAAAAUGAUGAUGGUAAAGUGCCCAUUGGAUGUGGCAAUGGGCUCCAGAUGAUGGUGGGAAAGGGGGAUUCAGGGCAGUGGUGGUGGUGGAAGCCUGACAGGAGUGAGUCCAAGAAUUGGAAGUGAUGGAGAAAUGAGAGAGUGUACACAACUCUUUAUAAUCUUGGCUCUGAAGAGAGAGGCCAGUGCUGGAGGGGAAUGUCAGGUCAAGGGAGAGGGUUUUUGUUUCCCUUUAACAAGGGAGAUUCUAGAGUUUAUUUGGAUGCUUAUGGCCAUGACUUAGUGGGAGGGAGAGUACUAGUGGUCUGAUUGAUUAUGUUUGAUUGGAAAAAGAAAGGAGAUGCAAGUAGGCUUUGCUGUCUACUCUGUGUUGAGUUUGUACUAGGUACUAUGCUAAGUGGUUGGCACAGUAAGUGAUUAAUAUUCACAGUAACCCCAUGAAGUUGGUAUGAUUAUCCCUAUUUUACAGAUGAGGAAACAGGAGUUAAGUAGAAGUAGAACCAAAGUCUUAAUCCAGAAGUGUUUGAUUUCAGAGCUUAGACCCUUAGCUCUGGCUUAUACUAUUGGAGGAUUUCCUCUAUGGUGGUGUAUUAGUUGGUUUCCUAGGGCUGCCAUCACAAAUUCCCACAAACCAGGUGGUGUAAACAACAGAAAUUAAUUUUCUCACUGUCCUGGGGGCCAGAAGUCCAAGAUCAAGGUGUCGGCAGGUUUGGUUUCUCCCGAGGCCCGUCUCCUUGGCUUGCAGAUGGCUACUGUCUCCCUGUCCUCACAUGGCCUUUUCUCUGUGCACAUGUAUCCCUGGUGUCUCUCCUGUGUCCUAAUGUCCUCUCUUUAUAAGGGCACUUGUCAGACUGGAUCAAAGCCUACUCCAAGGGUCUAAUUUUUACUUACCACUUUAAAGGCCUUAUUUCCAAAUAGUCACAUUUUGACAUCAAGCCUUCAACCUAUGUGUUUUGGGGGGGGGGGCACAAUGCAGUCUGUAACAGAUGACUUCUGUUUCCUUAAAACUGUAAGGAAAAGAGUAGGUGUGGGGGAGCUUUGAAGAAUGUGGAGAGGGAUGAAACAGUGAUUGAAGAGGGUGGAUAGGAGCUUACUACAAAAAAGGUAGUCUUACAGUCUUACAGUCAGUUGAGCUUGGAGAUCGUUUGUUUAUAUCUCAAUUAUCUGAGGUUCUAUAGCAAUAUUCUGGUAAAUGAUUGGAGGAAAGAGUAAGAACUCAGUGCUGCAGCGAGGCUGCUGGUUGCUCACAUAGGCUUACUAACCAGCUACAUGACCAUUUUUUUUGUGUACAAAGUUGAAAUGUAAAUGCAUUCUGUUCACAUUCUCAGCAUAAUUACACAUUACUGUAUGUCAGGGACCUUUCUGGAUAUUCUCAAAUAGUUGAAAACAUGAAAGUUAAAUAAAUCUAUGAUUGCUAAGAUUUUGUUGCAUUUCACCAAUGCAGAAUUUAGCUUGAACAUUUUCCAACAGGUUCUACAAGUUGUCUUUCAUGAUUACUCACCACUCUCUUUGUGCUUCUUUCUCUCCCCCUCUUUCUUUCUUCCCUGUUAUCAUCUUCACUCAUCAGUUAUUUAUUGAGUAUCUACUAGAUGUCCGGCACUAGGGUAAAAAGAGUCAACAAUCUAGUGUGGGAGUCACAGAUGUAUAUAUGCAAAAAAAAAAAAAAAGCCCCCAAUUGGUAAGGGGUAUUAUUAAGGUAAUAAUUCAUUUGUUCAUUUAUCCUGCAAAUAUAUUGAGUUUUUACUGAGUGUCAGGCAGUGUGUUAGGCUUGGUAUAGAGACAGGAGUAAGAUACAGUUUCUGCCCUCAAGAAACUUACAACCUGAUAUACAAAACAUAAACAGGUAAGUAAAUAAAGACAAUGCAAUGUGACAUCUGUAAAAUAUUAAAAUCACUUCUCAAAGAAGGGAGUGAUUCUUGUCUCUGCUUUCCCUUGCAUGUUUGGAUACCUGUUGAAAGGAGCCGUUGCUGCAUUUUAACAAAAGGAACUAUAAAAAGAAUAUCCAUUCAUUUCACCCGUGGUUCUAAAUGCUUAUUUUUGUUGUGUAGUGAUGGUUUUGUAGCUCUUGAAUUACAAGCAAACAUCGAGUUUGGGAUCUAUGGCUUUUCUCUUCCCAUGAGUUUAUUGUCCACAGUUGACACCAUCAACACCUUUUUUUAGGUGAUAGGAUGGUUAAUGGUGUCCCUGAAAUACUUGACAGAAACCUGCUGAAUAUUAAAGCUUGUGAAAAAUCACAGUAACAGAGCACUCCUGUGGUGGUAGGUGAGCUGAGAACAUAUGCUAGCUAGAACAUACCUCAAAUAUUUGGGACUUGGAACUAUGUAUUAAUGGGCGAGGAGGUUCCCAGUAAUGUGAUUUUUUUUCAAAGGUGGUUAACAGCAGAUCAAAAACACUGAGAAGAAAGUGGGUUAUUAUGUAAUUGAAACAUUCAAGUAUCCCUUCUUUUUACCUCAUCUCAGGAAAACAGUUAUUUACAACCAAACAUUUAUGGGGUUCAUUGAGAUAACGGCUAUAAACUUGUUGCUUUCUUCAGAGGUGAUAUGCUAUACAAACUCAAGGUAUUAUUAUCUGCAAUAUAGACUUCUUUUUGUGGGAAAUGAUAACCAUAUUAUGGGAUUAGUGCAGGUAGUAGGGGGGAGGAAAGGCAUAUUUGAUCAAUGGUAUGUGUGGGAUUUAGAAUCAAUGGUUAACCAAAUAGCAGCUAAAAAUUGCUUUGAUAUCAUGCAACAAACACCCACUAUCUGCAUAUUGACUUCAUUUCAGAUUCGUAAUCUAGAGUAUGUCCUAGUGGAAGGAACACAGGUUGGGAACUAAGGGUAUAAAUUCUGGUCUACCUCUGCCAUUGACUACCUAUGUGCCUCAUUUUCCCUAUCUUUAAAAUGAAAUGGUUAUGAGAAAAGGUCGCUAAGGUCCCUCCAGUUCUAUUUCAUCAUUCUGUGAUUCUUCGCCUGUCAAAAGCAUAUGACUUUUUUUAAGUUGCUUACGCCAGCAUUUCAGUUAGAAUUGCAUCCAGGAGUUUGUUUCCAUGGGCUGUUGGGAACAGCAAGACCUUGCUUCUCCAGGACUUGAUAUGUCUUCUGUUAACUGCUGACAGUGAGCCAUACCACCUAAAAGGCUCCCUUGGUAGCCUUAAAGAUUGAAAGGACAAAUGGACAGUGUUGAGAGCUCUGUGGAAGAAGAGACCUGAGAGACGGUGAUCACCAUGGCCCCUUGGGAUUUGCAAAGAGGAAUGACUAGCACUGGGCCAUUCACUGCAGCCAGGUCAAAGGUCAGGUCAGGAAUGUGGACAAUGCUGGUGACUCCAGUUGCUUCCAAGAUCCGGUACUUACAGGAAUAUCAUAACCGGGUUCUUCACAACAUUUAUCCUGUACCUUCAGGAACAGAUAUUGCAAACACCCUGAAAUACUUUUCUCAGACCUUGUUAAGCAUUUUGUCCCGCACAGGGAAGAAGGAAAACCAAGAUGCCUCCAAUUUGACAGUGCCCAUGACCAUGUGUCUUUUUCCUGUGCCAUUCCCACUCACCCCAUCUCUAAGACCGCAGGUCAGUUCCAUCAACCCUACUGUUACUCGCUCCCUCCUUUACAGCGUCCUGCGAGAUGCUCCCUCUGAACGCGGCCUGCAAAGUCGUGAUGCUCACUUGUCAGACUACCCUUCUUUGGACUAUCAAGGCCUCUACGUGACUUUGGUGACUCUUCUGGAUCUAGUUCCUUUACUCCAGCACGGCCAACACGAUCUUGGACAGUCGAUAUUUUAUACAACUACAUGUUUGCUACCCUUUCUCAAUGAUGAUAUUCUGAGUACUUUGCCCUACACGAUGAUAUCAACGUUAGCUACCUUUCCUCCAUUUCUGCACAAGGAUAUUAUUGAAUAUCUUAGCACAUCUUUUCUACCAAUGGCUAUAUUGGGUUCCUCAAGAAGAGAAGGCGUUCCUGCCCAUGUUAAUCUGUCUGCAUCAUCCAUGCUAAUGAUUGCAAUGCAAUACACAUCCAACCCAGUGUAUCAUUGUCAAUUAUUGGAAUGCCUCAUGAAAUAUAAGCAAGAAGUCUGGAAAGAUCUUUUGUACGUGAUUGCCUAUGGGCCUUCACAAGUGAAACCUCCGGCUGUACAAAUGUUGUUCCAUUACUGGCCCAAUUUAAAACCUCCUGGGGCAAUAAGCGAAUACAGGGGCUUGCAGUACACAGCUUGGAAUCCCAUCCACUGCCAGCACAUUGAAUGCCACAAUGCAAUUAACAAGCCAGCUGUGAAGAUGUGUAUCGACCCUUCCCUGUCGGUAGCUCUAGGGGAUAAACCACCCCCAUUGUAUCUCUGCGAAGAAUGCAGCCAGAGGAUUGCGGGGGACCACAGUGAAUGGCUCAUUGAUGUGCUUCUGCCUCAAGCUGAAAUAUCUGCUAUAUGUCAGAAAAAGAACUGCAGUUCCCAUGUAAGAAGAGCAGUUGUUACCUGCUUUUCAGCGGGCUGCUGUGGCCGUCACGGAAACAGGCCCGUUCGGUACUGCAAGAGAUGCCACUCGAAUCAUCACAGCAAUGAAGUGGGGGCCGCGUCGGAGACCCACCUCUAUCAGACCUCCCCUCCACCCAUCAACACUCGGGAAUGCGGUGCCGAGGAGCUGGUCUGCGCCGUGGAGGCUGUGAUCAGCUUGUUGAAAGAAGCCGAGUUCCAUGCUGAGCAGCGGGAAUAUGAGCUGAAUCGCCGGCGGCAGCUGGGACUUUCCUCUUCCCACCAUUCCCUGGAUAACACUGACUUUGACAACAAGGAUGAUGAUAAACACGACCAGCGACUACUCAGUCAAUUUGGAAUAUGGUUUUUAGUGAGCCUUUGCACGCCCAGUGAGAACACACCUACAGAGAGCUUGGCCAGGCUGGUGGCCAUGGUGUUUCAGUGGUUCCACUCCACGGCAUAUAUGAUGGACGAUGAAGUUGGAAGUUUGGUGGAAAAACUGAAGCCUCAGUUUGUCACCAAGUGGUUGAAGACAGUCUGUGAUGUUCGCUUUGAUGUCAUGGUCAUGUGCCUUCUUCCCAAACCAAUGGAAUUUGCCAGGGUUGGUGGUUACUGGGAUAAAUCCUGCAGCACGGUGACUCAGUUGAAGGAAGGUCUCAACCGAAUCCUCUGCCUGAUCCCCUACAAUGUGAUCAGUCAGUCUGUGUGGGAGUGUAUUAUGCCCGAGUGGCUGGAAGCCAUCAGAACAGAAGUCCCAGAUAACCAGUUAAAAGAAUUCAGGGAAGUAUUAAGCAAAAUGUUUGACAUUGAGCUCUGUCCUCUACCUUUUUCAUUGGAAGAAAUGUUUGGCUUUAUUAGUUGUCGGUUCACAGGAUACCCUUCCUCUGUGCAGGAACAAGCUUUACUGUGGCUUCAUGUAUUAUCGGAGUUAGACAUCAUGGUUCCACUUCAACUAUUGAUAAGUAUGUUUUCUGAUGGAGUUAAUUCUGUUAAAGAACUGGCAAAUCAAAGAAAAUCAAGAGUCAGUGAACUGGCAGGGAACCUUGCAGCUCGAAGGGUGAGUGUUGCCUCUGAUCCUGGCCGACGAGUUCAGCACAAUAUGCUGAGUCCAUUUCAUAGUCCUUUUCAGAGUCCAUUUCGGAGUCCUAUGCGUAGUCCAUUUCGUAGCCCUUUCAAGAAUUUUGGACACCCAGGAGGAAGGACUAUUGACUUUGAUUGUGAAGAUGAUGAAAUGAAUCUAAAUUGUUUCAUCCUCAUGUUUGAUCUUCUCCUGAAGCAGAUGGAGUUACAAGAUGAUGGGAUUACGAUGGGUUUAGAGCACAGUUUAUCAAAGGACAUUAUUUCCAUUAUAAACAAUGUCUUCCAAGCUCCCUGGGGGGGCUCCCACACCUGCCAGAAGGAAGAAAAGGCAAUUGAGUGUAACUUAUGUCAGUCUAGUAUUCUCUGCUAUCAGCUUGCUUGUGAACUCUUGGAGAGACUGGCUCCUAAAGAAGAAAGCCGGCUGGUGGAGCCCACAGACAGCCUUGAGGACAGCCUCCUUUCUUCCAGACCAGAGUUUAUUAUAGGCCCUGAAGGUGAGGAGGAGGAGAAUCCAGCAACCAAGCAUGGGGAGAACCCAGGCAGUCGCGCCGAGUCCACAGAGCAUGCUGCAAUAAAGAAUGACACUGAGAGAAAGUUUUGCUACCAACAGCUUCCAGUAACUUUGAGACUAAUAUACACCAUUUUCCAGGAAAUGGCUAAGUUUGAAGAGCCAGACAUUCUUUUUAAUAUGCUCAAUUGCCUGAAGAUUCUCUGUCUACAUGGAGAGUGUUUAUACAUCGCUAGAAAAGACCAUCCUCAAUUUUUAGCCUACAUUCAGGAUCAUAUGUUGAUUGCAAGCCUGUGGAGAGUCGUCAAAUCUGAGUUCUCCCAACUGUCUUCAUUAGCAGUUCCUCUGCUUCUCCAUGCUUUGUCACUUCCUCAUGGUGCUGACAUCUUCUGGACAAUUAUAAAUGGCAAUUUCAACAGCAAAGACUGGAAGAUGAGGUUUGAAGCAGUGGAGAAAGUGGCUGUAAUUUGUAGAUUUUUGGAUAUUCACUCAGUCACCAAAAACCACCUGCUGAAGUACUCCCUGGCACAUGCCUUCUGCUGCUUUCUGACAGCUGUGGAGGAUGUCAACCCAGCCGUGGCUACCAGGGCCGGUCUCCUGCUUGACACCAUAAAGAGGCCGGCAUUGCAGGGUCUGUGUCUUUGUCUUGAUUUCCAGUUUGAUACUGUGGUUAAAGAUCGACCCACAAUACUGAGCAAGCUUUUACUCCUGCAUUUUCUUAAGCAAGAUAUUCCUGCUUUGAGCUGGGAGUUCUUUGUCAACAGAUUUGAGACACUUUCUUUGGAAGCUCAGCUACAUUUGGAUUGUAACAAAGAAUUUCCUUUUCCUACAACUAUCACUGCUGUAAGGACCAAUGUCGCUAAUCUCAGUGAUGCGGCAUUGUGGAAGAUCAAGAGGGCUCGUUUUGCGAGGAACCGCCAGAAGAGUGUGCGUUCUCUGAGAGACAGCGUGAAGGGGCCUGUGGAAUCCAAGAGGGCCCUCUCCCUCCCUGAGACCUUGACCUCCAAAAUCCCUAUGAGGUUGACCAGGCAUGAGCAGUCUGCUCCAGCUCUCGGUGGGACACCCGAACAGACACCAGGACAACAGUCUCCUGAGAAUGACAACACCAUCAAGGACUUGCUCCCCGAAGAUGCUGGGAUCGACCACCAGACAGUUCACCAGCUGAUCACAGUGCUCAUGAAGUUCAUGGCCAAGGACGAGAGCAGUGCCGAGUCAGACAUCAGCAGUGCGAAGGCCUUCAACACAGUCAAGCGGCACCUGUACGUCUUACUCGGCUAUGACCAACAGGAAGGUUGCUUCAUGAUCGCACCUCAAAAAAUGCGCCUGUCAACUUGCUUUAAUGCGUUUAUUGCAGGAAUUGCCCAAGUUAUGGACUAUAACAUUAACUUGGGCAAACACCUUCUCCCCUUGGUGGUUCAGGUGCUCAAAUACUGCUCUUGUCCUCAGCUACGGCAUUAUUUCCAACAGCCACCUCGUUGUUCCCUCUGGUCCCUAAAACCUCACAUCCGGCAGAUGUGGUUGAAGGCCUUGCUUGUCAUCCUUUACAAGUAUCCAUACCGAGACUGUGAUAUCAGCAAGGUCCUGCUGCAUCUGAUUCACAUAACAGUCAAUACACUCAAUGCACAGUAUCAUAGCUGCAAGCCCCAUGCCACGGCAGGACCUUUGUACAGUGACAACAGUAACAUAAGCAGAUACAGCGAAAAAGAAAAAGAAGAAGAUAGUGUUUUUGAUGAAUCUGAUAUUCAUGAUACACCUACUGGACCCUGCAAUAAAGAGUCUCAAACUUUUUUUGCAAGAUUGAAAAGAAUAGGCGGCAGCAAAAUGGUGAAAUAUCAGCCGGUUGAGAUGAAUGUUCAGAGAAGUGAAAUAGAACUGGCCGAAUAUAGAGAAACGGGUGCAUUACAAGACAGCAUUCUGCACUGUGUGAGAGAAGAAAGCAUUCAGAAAAAAAAGCUGCGCUCUUUAAAACAAAAAUCUCUUGAUAUAGGGAAUGCAGACUCCCUCUUGUUUACAUUAGACGAGCACCGGAGGAAGUCCUGCAUAGACCGGUGUGACCUAGAUAAGCCUCCCGUCCAUGCCGCUUACAUCAUGCAAAGACAUGACCACGGACGUCCCAGACAGAAUUCUGCUACUCGGCCCGACGACCCCGAACCACCCGAGAACCCAGCAAUGGAAAGUUUCCAGGAAGCUCGCAGGCCCGUGAUACCCGAAGUUCGGUUAAACUGCAUGGAGACGUUUGAGGUCAAGGUUGAUUCUCCUGUAAAGCCUGCCCCUAAAGAGGAUUUAGAUCUGAUAGAUUUGUCCUCCGAUUCAACAUCUGGGCCUGAGAAACGCUCGGUGCUCUCAACGUCUGACAGCGACUCCCUUGUGUUUGAGCCCCUUCCGCCUCUCCGAAUAGUAGAGAGCGAUGAAGAAGAGGAGACCACGAGCCCGGGAAAUGAGGGGGCCUCUGCUAAGAAGGCCACCUCCUCUCCCUCAGUCCCCAGCCCCCGCUCUGUCCCCAGCCUCAGCACGCCUCCCCUCGUGCAAGUGAGCGUGGAGGAUUGUUCCAAAGACUUUUCUUCCAAGGACUCAGGAAACAACCAGUCAGCAGGUGCCAUGGACUCGGCGCUCAUAGCUCUGGAGGACCCCGCGGACUCCGCAGAAUUAUCAAAGCCGGGGGUGCCACAGGACUUUCCCUGUGGCAGCCCGCUGACGCUGAAGCAGAAACGAGACCUCCUUCAGAAGUCAUAUGCUCUCCCUGAGGUGUCACUGGACGACAGCCCAGAGCCCAGCAUCCAGGAGGAGAAGCCCAGUGGGCCGAUGCCAAGUUCAGGGGUAAAAACCGUCCUCCUCAAAGUCCCCGAGGAUGCUGAGAACCCAGUGGAAAGUGAGAAGGGGGAAGCCAGUGCCGAAUCGGAUACAGAACAGAAUCCGGAGAGGAAGACCGAAGAGGAGGGUGCUGAGGAGUCCGAAUUCAAGAUCCAGAUUGUUCCCAGGCAGAGAAAACAGAGGAAGAUCGCUGUCAGUGCCAUCCAGAGAGAGUACCUGGACAUUUCCUUCAACAUUCUAGAUAAGCUGGGAGAACAGAAAGAUCCAGAUCCCUCUACUAAAGGACUUUCAACUUUGGAAAUGCCACGAGAAUCCUCAUCUGCCCCAACAUUAGAAGCAGGGGUGCCAGAAACAAGUAGCCAUUCCUCAAUAUCAACUCAGUAUAGGCAGAUGAAAAGGGGAUCCCUGGGAGCUCUAACAAUGAGCCAGUUAAUGAAGCGACAGCUGGAGCAUCAGUCUAGCGCCCCCCAUAACAUCAGCAACUGGGACACUGAACAGAUACAGCCCGGGAAACGCCAAUGCAAUGUGCCGAUGUGCCUAAACCCUGACCUGGAGGGACAACCAUUGAGAAUGAGAGGCGCCACGAAAUCCAGCCUGCUGUCAGCGCCCAGCAUCGUCAGUAUGUUUGUGCCGGCACCCGAAGAAUUCACCGACGAGCAGCCGACGGUGAUGACAGACAAAUGCCAUGACUGUGGGGCCAUUCUUGAAGAAUAUGACGAGGAAACCCUUGGGCUGGCCAUUGUGGUCCUUUCCACAUUCAUUCACCUAAGCCCAGACUUGGCAGCCCCGCUGUUGCUGGAUAUAAUGCAGUCUGUGGGAAGAUUGGCAUCCAGCACUACUUUUUCCAAUCAAGCAGAAAGCAUGAUGGUUCCCGGCAACGCAGCGGGGGUGGCCAAGCAGUUCCUACGCUGCAUCUUCCAUCAGCUGGCCCCCAACGGCAUCUUCCCACAGCUGUUCCAGAGCACUAUCAAAGAUGGGACUUUCUUACGGACCUUAGCCACGUCUCUCAUGGACUUCAAUGAGCUGAGCUCUCUCGCUGCUCUCAGUCAGCUCUUGGAGGGUCUAAAUAACAAAAAGAAUUUACCAGCAGGGGGUGCUAUGAUACGCUGUUUGGAAAACAUUGCUACCUUCAUGGAAGCUUUGCCCAUGGAUUCUCCUAGCAGCCUCUGGACCACAAUCAGCAACCAGUUUCAGACGUUUUUUGCCAAGCUGCCUUGUGUUUUGCCUCUAAAGUGUUCUUUAGAUUCCAGUUUGAGAAUUAUGAUUUGCCUCUUGAAGAUACCCUCUACCAAUGCCACAAGGAGUCUGUUGGAACCAUUUUCAAAACUGCUCAGCUUUGUGAUUCAGAAUGCCGUCUUCACUUUAGCCUACCUGGUGGAGGUGUGUGGUUUGUGUUACCGAGCUUUCACAAAGGAGCGGGAUAAAUUCUACUUGUCUCGUAGUGUUGUUCUGGAACUCCUGCAGGCCCUGAAGCUCAAAUCUCCUUUACCAGAUACAAACCUCCUCCUGCUUGUCCAGUUUAUUUGUGCAGAUGCUGGAACCAAACUAGCUGAGUCAACAAUCCUGAGCAAGCAGAUGAUUGCCUCUGUACCUGGAUGUGGGACAGCCGCGAUGGAGUGUGUGAGGCAGUACAUCAACGAAGUGCUGGACUUCAUGGCGGACAUGCACACUCUCACCAAACUGAAGAGCCACAUGAAGACAUGUUCCCAGCCUCUGCAUGAAGAUACUUUUGGUGGACACCUCAAAGUUGGGCUGGCUCAGAUUACAGCCAUGGAAAUCUCACGGGGCAACCACAGAGAUAACAAGGCUGUGAUUCGCUACCUGCCUUGGCUCUAUCAUCCCCCUUCUGCAAUGCAACAAGGGCCGAAAGAAUUCAUCGAGUGUAUCUCCCGCAUCCGUCUGCUGUCCUGGCUGCUCCUGGGCUCCCUCACUCAUAACGCGGUGUGUCCAAAUGCCUCCUCUCCGUGCCUGCCCAUACCUCUGGAUGCCGGCUCUCAUAUUGCAGACCAUCUCAUUGUCAUCCUGAUUGGAUUUCCAGAGCAAUCAAAGACCUCCGUGCUGCAUAUGUGUUCUCUCUUCCACGCAUUUAUCUUUGCUCAGCUCUGGACCGUAUAUUGCGAACAAAGUGCCGUAGCUACAAAUGUCCAAAGUCAGAAUGAAUUCAGCUUCACGGCGAUCCUGACCGCACUGGAGUUUUGGAGCAGGGUGACACCCAGCAUCCUUCAGCUGAUGGCUCACAACAAAGUGAUGGUGGAAAUGGUGUGCCUCCACGUGAUUAGUUUAAUGGAGGCAUUGCAAGAGUGCAAUUCAACAAUUUUUGUCAAGCUGAUACCUAUGUGGUUGCCGAUGAUCCAGUCAAAUACCAAGCACUUAUCCGCCGGACUCCAGCUUCGCCUCCAGGCCAUUCAGAACCACGUGAACCACCACAGCUUACGGACGCUGCCGGGCUCCACCCAGAGCAGUGCCGGCCUGGUGGCCCUUCGCAAGUGGCUGCAGUGCACCCAGUUCAAAAUGGCCCAGGUGGAGAUCCAGUCCUCGGAAGCAGCCUCUCAAUUUUAUCCUCUAUGAGUGGACUCCUCGGCUCUCAGUGUCAACACUCUGGUUUAGCAAUAAUGGGUUUCAAAACAAAACAAUUUGAUCCAAGCAGGUUGGGGAACAUACUGGUACUGUCCAUUCUCUUUCUAGUCUAGUAAAAGACGUGCAAAGGCCAGAGAGGGCCAACAAUGAAGCUUUCUUGCUACACAUAUUUCUGAUGACUCCUUGGGCUAUCUGAUUAAGUGUUUCCUUACAUUAUUUUUUAAAAAACCAAAUCAUUUUUCUUUAACUAACUUCUAUUUUUUUUAAGAAAAAAAAUAGACUGGUGGGUACUCACAGAAAAGUUGUAUAAGUCCCCCUGUUGCUAUUUUUGAUGAUAGAGAAUAAAUAGGGUUUUUGAAACCUUUGUAGUGUUUUUUCUUAAAAUCCACUCUUGGCAAUGCAAUAAAAAACCCGUCACCACAAGCCAGUGACACUUGACUGAAGCUUUUUGUCAUUAUCCUGGGAAAAGUGGCAGCUUGCAAGGACCAUUACAAAGUGCACUUAGAAAUUAGGUGGUUAACCUGUGCCAAUUGUUUUUUUCUUUGUUUUAUAAUCUCAUUUUCCAAAACUGUCCAGUAAGUUUUAUUAUUUUUAAAACUAAUUUUUCAACUCAUUCGUUCUAGGCUGUACUUUCUUGUAAGCUUUAUGACAACCACUUAAGUUUUGUGAAUAAUAAAUUUUAUUCUUUUGUUAAUACUUGUAAUACAAUUCAAUUUAAAACUGUAGAUCGCACACUGGACCAGACGACUCCCCACGCUGGCACAGAACACUGCACCUGAAGUUAUGUUUCAUAAAACAGAAUUUUAAUAGUGUAAGAACACCAAGAUUUAUCAGCACUCCUACUUAGCAUUUGACUGUGCAUUCACAAAUGAUCUUUCUCUUCUCUAUCCCUGUAAUGCACUGACGACAAGAAGACUUACUAUACAUUUAAGCUGUAUAUUGAAAUGCUAUUAAAUGCAUUUUUUAUUA